AUGAUCCAUGGUCCAUGUGGUGUCAUUAAUCCGAAGUCACCGUGUAUGGAAAAUAAUGUGUGCACAAAGAAGUAUCCUCAGCCUUAUAAUGACAGUACUUCGAUUGACAAAUCAGGGUAUGUGUUAUAUCGUCGCCGCCGAAAUGAAAAUGAGUCUUUGGUUAAAAGUGGGGCAACCCUAAACAACACGUUUGUUGUACCUCAUAACGUUAAUCUCCUAAAGAAGUACGAGGCUCAUAUCAAUGUGGAAUGGUGUAACCGUACAAGCGCAGUGAAGUACUUAUUCAAGUACAUAACCAAGGGUGUUGACAGAGCAUCCGAAGUUAUUGAAAAAGGAAAUACGGCAACUACCUCUGACACAGUUGCUUCUGGAGAACCAAAGGAAAAAUUGAUUAAGCAACGGAAUGAGAUCCAAGAAUACAUCGAAGCCCGGUAUUUGUCAGCUUGUGAGUCCAUGUGGCGGACUUUCGCAUUUCACAUACAUAAAAGAAAGCCGUCCGUUGAGAAACUUAUCAUUCACUUAGAAGGCGAGCAUAACAUCACCAUUAAAGAAACUGAUAACCUCGGCCGCGUAAUCCGCAAACCAGGUAUUGAGAAGACAAUGUUUACUGAAUGGAUGGUAUUAUGCAGAAGGUCAGCAUUUGCACGGACAUUAACUUAUGUGCAGAUACCAGAAUAUUUCGUCUGGAACAACAAUUCCAAAGUCUGGUCUGAACGUAAGAAAGGAAAAACCAUUGGGUGA